CUCCAAACCUGUUAGUCCGAAUGCCUCGCCCCGCGCCCCUCUACUCACCUAGCGAACCACUUAGCUCUGAGAUACGCUCAUGUGCGCUUCACUUAUAUUUAAUUAUUUAAUUUUUCAUACAUUUUAACUUUAAGUACCUAUUGUGGAACUUUGAUUAGAAGCAUUAUCAAGAUCUCGGAUUUUUAUUUAAUACACAAGACUCCAAGCUUGUACAUGGUGACCCUACGACGUGAUCUAGAUUGAUUAAACACGCUAAGAAAGCUUCUGCCCGAGUCACGGAAUUUUACUUUGGAGAAGGCAACAGCAUCAACGUGGAAAUAUUUGGAUGAGCCAGUGUCUACGCAGUAUUCUUCCACGACGCCCUUUGGACUACAGUUAUCUACGACGCCAGUGGGACUGCAUAGAAACAACGGACAUUUACGACGCCAUUUUGUGGAAGUUGCAGACCCCCUUACUUCAAGCCCGCCGGUCAAAUUACGCCGCAGCCAAGGUUUAGCAAGGGAAGUGCACCAUUCCUUCAUUUUCCUAUUUUUCCGUCGUAUUUUCCCCCCAUCUUGAUUAAUUAGCUUUGCCAUUCUUCACUCUUUACUGUGCUUAAAGUUAAUUGUAUGUUUUUUUUUUGCACAAGUGACGCAAUCAUUUUUUAGCCACGUAUUCUCUUUAAUUGCUAGUCGCUGCUUUAGAGCCACAUUAAAGCCUAUUGAGCUAAAUUAAGCAUUUAAAACUAUUUAAGAAGCAUAAAAACGCUUAUUUGAGUGACCUUCUUAUUAGUUAUUUUCAUAAAUCUUAAUUAAAAAUUACGCUAUACCUACUUAGGUAUCAUAAAUUAUACCUAAAGCAUUUCUUCAUUUCAUGCGCUUAUUAUAAUUUUAAUUUACCUACGAAUAGUGUACAGCGGUUUAACUUAUUUUGCGCAGUUAAAUCUAAACGCAAAAAAUACAAGUGUUUGUGCAAUCGUGUUACAGAUAAGGCCCGGCCGCAUCUGCCCGGCAACAACAACUACUCCGCACAGCUGCGCCGCGCUUUCCGCUGACUCCUGCAUUCCGCACAGCACUGUUGCCGCCCGAGCCAACCACUGUGACUGCGAACUUAGGCCAAAUUUACCCACCCCCUCCACUUCGGCCGCGGCCUCUCCUCCUGCCUGUGUGUUCUGCGGCGGCGAGCACCGUAUUUACGAUUGCUCGUCAUUCCUGUCCCUGUCCAUUGAAGACCGGAUCUCCGGAGCGUCAAGGUUACGCCUUUGUCUUAAUUGUCUUCGGAAGGGGCACACUUCUUAUCGCUGCAGAGUAGCUGCUUGUCAAACAUGUAAGAAGCGCCACAAUACAUUGCUGCAUAGGGAAACUCCUCAGGUUGCAGAUUCGCCCGUAGACGCGCCUCUGCCGCAGUCGGCACCCGCGCCCGCGCCCGCUCCCGGGUUGUCGUCUAAUAUGACCGUAUCGCAUUCGGACCAGGUACUUUUACCUACCGCGUACGUAGACAUAUAUAGCCCGGCUACUGAUAAUUACGUAACGGCGCGCGCGUUUUUAGAUUGUGGAAGUAUGACUUCUAUUGUCACAAAAGAUUAUAAACAAAAAUUGCAAUUGGCACCGCUGCCCAGUGAUAAAAAUCUUUUCGGAUUAUCUGACGUUCCUAUAGCCAAUAGUCCCGAGCGUUGUUUCGUUCAAAUUCGAUCUAAACAUGAUCAAAAUAUAAAAUUCGACAUCGCAUGUUUAGCUUUGGACAAAAUUAACAGCAGUUUGCCGCUAAAGCCUAUUGAUAUCACCAACAUCAAGUGGCCGCGUAAUAAAAAACUCGCCGAUCCUCAGUUUAAUCGACCGGGUCCCGUAGAUAUUUUAAUUGGCGGUGAUGUUUUUUGGACCUUGGUAGGGGGCGAGCAAAUUGAUUUAGGGCACGAUUCGCUUGUUUUGCGCAAAUCAAAACUAGGUUGGUUAGUGGUUAGUAAAUAUAACCCAUUUUUAAUGUUUAACGAUAGGUCUUUAAAUUCCCCUUUGCAGUGCAAUCAUUUGUACACGACCAAUGAAGACCUUGACGACUCGCUCACCAAAUUCUGGAAGCUGGAGCAAGUGCCCCAACCUAGCCAACCGUUUACAGAUUUAGAGGCAGAAUGUGAGCAACAUUUUGUCACUCACACAUAUCGCGAUGAUAACGGAAGGUUUCACGUGCGUUUGCCAUUAAUUACGGAACCCGACUGUUUAGGCGAUUCCUAUCGCUUCGCUAAAAAACGGUUCUAUGCAUUAGAAAAGCGAUUUAAACGCAAUCCUGAAUUAAAAUCGGCUUACGAGCAAUUUAUUAAUGAAUAUGCCGAAUUAGGUCACCUCUCUGUGUCCGACUCUGACAUUCCUGACCCCUCUUUUUUUGUGCCGCAUCAUGCUGUGCAAAGGCCCUCCAGCGAAUCUACGAAGCUUCGUGUUGUUUACAAUGGAAGUGCCCCCACCACAUCUGGCUAUUCAAUAAAUAAUCUACAGAUGGUUGGGCCAACAAUUCAAGACUCGCUAUUUAAUAUUCUCUUGAGGUUUCGUACCUACAAAUAUGUCUUGACUGGUGAUAUCGCCAAGAUGUAUCGCCAGGUCAUGGUUCAGGAGUGCGACCGCGAUUUACAAUUAAUUCUUUGGCGCUCCAAUGAGACUGAACCUUUAAAAACUUUACGACUCAAUACAGUCACUUACGGGUACUCGAGUGCUAGUUUUUUGAGCACACGCUGUUUAUGGCAAUUGGGUGAGGAAUGCACAGAUGAAAAAAUUAAAACUAUCAUUCAAAAUGAUUUUCUAGUCGAUGAUUUAUUAACAGGCUCAGACACCAAGGAGGAAUUGCGUUACAUCAAAGACUCAGUUGAGCGUGCGCUGGCCGCUGGUUGUUUUCCCUUGCCGAAUGAGGGAAUCAAAUUUAAAUUUCAACCGGCAUACUCAGCUCACUUUGGUGGCUUGUGGGAAUCAGGAGUCAAAUCUGCCAAAUUUCACCUCAAGCGCAUAUUAGGGAACGCUCAUUUAACUUACGAAGAGCUGGCAACUCUCUUUAAUCAAGUGGAGUCUAUCCUAAACAGUCGUCCUUUAUGCCCUUUAUCGUCCUCUCCGAACGACUUCCAACCUUUGACCCCUGGUCACUUCCUCAUCGGCCGCGCGCUCACUUCGCUGCCGUCACCGACCCUCGCGGAUCUAAACCCAAACCGUUUAGACAGGUUUCAGAGGCUCGAGGCAUUGAGACAGCACUUCUGGCGCCGCUGGCAAAUGGAGUACAUCUGCGAGCUCCAGCAACGGGCCAAGUGGCGUGUUCCAGGACGACCUCUUCAAUUGGGUGAUCUGGUCCUUCUCAAGGAAGAGAAUACCCCUCCUAUGCACUGGCGGCUUGGACGGAUAGCCAAGCUGUUUCCUGGCGCAGACGGGAUUGCGCGAGUAGCUGAAAUUGCUACUGCCACGGGUACCUUCAAACGAGGUGUAAGAUACCUCUGCCCUCUUUUGGACGAGGACCAUCAAUCCUUGAAGGCUGACGCCUCCAAGGGCCCCCAGGAUGUUGCGGCGGCUACCACAGAAGAGGAAGCGGGGACCGGGGACCUCCAAACCUGUUAG